AUGAACACGGAGUCGCGUUGGCGGCGACAAUUUGGAAGAGGUGCAAUGCUUUCCUCGAAUACUCUCGCCGGCUUUGUGAACGUAUUCGGGCCGGUGGCGGGCCAAGCUGGAAGCACGCGUGCGGCGCUUCGAAGCGCAACGGUACGGCUCAGCAGGGUCUGCACGGACGCGGUCUCACGGCGAAACCGGAAGCAAGCCACCUGUAUGAGGCCGCGCUCGCGUGCGCGACUCUUUAUGGGCACCGAUACGAACCCAGAUGGUGAAGACAAUGAAACUCGCUCUGGGUCACAAGGAGGUCAAAACUCCAGCGAUGUCGAAAAGCACAAGGAGGCGUCUGCCUCAUCUGGGCAGUCCGGGAGAAGCGAUAUGGGUACGCGGGAUAUUGAAUUUAACCUUGGCCCCAAAGGCGAGUCCCUUACUGCGUCAGCUACCGAAAAACCAAAUCCAUUCUUGGAAUAUAUCCGCUCCUUGUCUCCGCCAGAGACUUUGAAGCGUUUUGCCGAGUCGGCACCCAAAGAAGUUCAAGCUGCCAUGAAACAAAUGGUCGUCAACAUGUUGGGCAACCUGCCGCCUUUCGCGUAUGCAGUUACCAUCACCACGCUGGGGCAGCGUCUAGCGGACCUGCUGUAUUCUACAGCGAUGACGGGCUACAUGUUGCGCAAUGCUGAGUACCGUCUCUCGCUGACGCGCUCGUUGGGAUACUGGAGUCCCAACGAUAAUCAGAGUAACGAGCGGUUGCGGCAAGAGAUCGAGCGCAUAGCACCGGAUUCUGUCAUUCGUCUGCGCAACUCGGAUGGCACAACCACCGAGGUUCCCGCCGCGAAAUUCCUCGGAGAGCUCUGUGAAGAAGUGCGCGCUCUGAAAAGCGAAUUAGCCCAGUACGAAGCGGGAAGCAAUCGGAUUCUCUCCUACAUUCGCUCUCUGAAACCCGAGAACCUGGAGCAGCUGACAAAAAGCGCAGGCACUGAAGCUGUAGAUGCAAUGAAAAGGACAGUGAAAACCUUGCUUGAGCAGUCGGGAGUUAAGGGCGAGCUUCCAGUCACCCUCCCGGCAGCUGAGCUGUCAUCGCUCCUCUUCUGGCUCAUGGUUCUCGGAUAUGAUAUUCGAGAAAAAGAAGUGAAAAUGGAUUUUGAACGACAGUUUCAUAGGGGUUAUCUAUCGAGUUCGAACGAACAGAAACCGGAGGACGAAGGAAGCGGCCCGGACGCGCCUCAGCCGUAA